GAGCGGUGCCGGAAGUGCUUGGGGAGGGCCGCGCAGUCGGACCGGCUGCUGAGACGAAAGCUUCACUGGGGCAGUCUCCGCAUAUCAUGGGGAGAUAGACGCUGCUGCCUUUGAUUGGCCUUGGUCCUCACAGCUCGAAAAAGAAGCAGGAUCUUGAUAAGCUCUAUGAGCUGAAGUGUAAAGCUGGACAGAUUAUGAACCAGUUUGGCCCCUCAGCGCUAAUCAACCUCUCCAGCUUCUCCUCUAUAAAACCAGAGCCAGCCAGCACCCCACCACAAGGCUCCAUGGCCAAUAGCACCACCGUGGGAAAGAUGCCGGGCACUCCUGGCACAGGUGGUCGUCUCAGCCCUGAAAACAACCAGGUAUUGACCAAGAAGAAAUUACAAGACCUAGUAAGAGAAGUGGAUCCUAACGAGCAGCUGGAUGAAGAUGUGGAAGAGAUGCUGCUGCAGAUCGCUGAUGAUUUUAUCGAGAGUGUGGUGACAGCUGCCUGCCAGCUCGCUCGGCACCGCAAGUCCAGCACCCUGGAGGUGAAAGAUGUCCAGCUGCAUCUAGAGCGCCAGUGGAACAUGUGGAUCCCAGGAUUUGGCUCUGAGGAGAUCCGGCCCUACAAAAAAGCUUGUACCACAGAAGCUCACAAACAGAGAAUGGCGUUGAUCCGGAAAACAACCAAGAAAUAGCACAGGGAACGGUCAGGAAUGGACGACAUGUGUUUGCAGAUACUUGAGCUGAGACCUCAGCCAUCUCAUCCUUGGAUUUUUUUUUAAAUGCUUUACAGAGAAGCAUAUAUUUUUUAUUAACAGUGCAGCAAUAUCUAUAAUGACUGAGAAGAUCUGCCAAAAGAAUAAAGCCUCCUACCCCACCUUCUGGUCCCUCUUCCCUGCCGUCUCAAAGAGAAGCAGUGUAUCCCGGAGAAGAUUUUGCCUGUGGUUUAUUAUAUAAGCGAGUGGCUGCAGGAAGAGCGUUUUGGUCGCUGGGUGAGAUAGUGUUAGUAGAUUUGUAGAGGGUUUGUCUCCUCCUUCCCCAUCCCUGUACUUUGUAAUGUCAGUGUUUCUAUGACUAUGAACUUGAUUUGCUUUUCCAGAAUAAAGGAGUUAUUAAUUGAAGACACAGGGUGCAUAGCUGAGAGCCUUUGAAAUGCCAGGGUCCCUGCAGUCAGCAGGUGGCAGCACAGGGGUGAUCGUGUUAGAGAAACAGGCAGGGAUUUCCCACCGUUUUACUCCAAAGGAACAAGCCAGCAGUAGGAGUUGGAGCACUUUCUCUGUCACCAGACACGGUGAACUCUGCUAAGCCCCAAAAUAAACAAGCAUUCUAGUUUUGAUAAUGUUAGUGUCCCUAGGACCUUUUUGUGGGAGUGUGUGUGUGUGCGUGCAUGCAUGCGUGUGUGCAUGUAUGUGUGGUGUCUGUUUUGAGGCAAGCUCUUGGGUGGGCUCAAACUCAGUGUCUUGCUGGGGCUAUGCCUGAGCUGACCCUCCUGCCUCCUCUCUCAAUGAACUGAGAGCACAGUGUGUGUCAUCACGUCUGGCUUCUGAGAGCCCCUUUGGACCUCUCCGGAUCUCCAUAGAAGAUUGUAUUCAUCCUUGUCCCUGAAGAAGGAUGCGAGUAGCUUUGGGGAAAGUCCUGUUGCUAGGAUUCUGUCACCAGAGGGAAGCAGGCCCUGUCUCAACAGCAGGAUGUUCUUCCCAGGCAUCAUCCUGACCCACACCCAGCACAAGCCUUGUGGAUUGUGAGGGCCCCAUGGGCUUAGGGGAAGAUGGCUGCUUGACCUAGGGGCCACAGCACAACCACACCUACUUUUGGUCCCUGCUUUUUUCAUCAUCUUCCUGUGGCUUGGUUCUACACAGUUUGUAGAUCUCUCGGGUGAGGAGUUCAAAGGCCAUGCUGAUGUUGCCAUUUUCUUGACUGAGAUUUCAGCCUGGACAGUCUACCAGGGGACAGCCAGCUUCUUCACUGGUCACAUCUGACACUGAGCUUCUGGAUCUAUGGCCUAGCGUCAUGAUGAGGAUGUUGGAGGGUCUUAACUUUCUCCAGAACCUACAGCCACUGGAAGAUGUUCUCAGAGGAUGCUUCGUGGAUGACAUCAGAAGCAGAAGGGUCCCCCUGAGUCUGAAUAGGAACAAGUAACCGAUGCCAGCGGUCAAGAAGGGAUCUGGAAUGACUCUUGAGUCCUCUUUGGAGGACAGAAAGGGACAAGGGAAGUGGGCAAGUACAAUGGACAGAAGUGAGGGACUAACAAGACAUCAGUUUGUCAUUCUUGAUCAGCUGUGUGACAGGUAGGUGGCUUCCUCUGUCUCAGUCUUACUGUCUUGUCAGCACACUGAAGGGCUGUUCAUGUCUGUAAGCUGUGCCCAGGCUUCCAGUAGGCAGGAACCAUAAUAAAAGGAAGAACGGGUGGACAGCCCUGA